GAGAUGUCGCCAUUUUGACACUUCCUAUAUCGAAUAUGAUGCGAUUAUCGAGCAUUAUUUACAAGCCGUGUGAAAGCAAUGUGACUUGUAAAUACUAAACACAAAGACUACACCUAUCACAAUGCCGUUGACCAAGCGGCGUAUCGAGCCGGUCAGCGUGAGCCGUGUGAAGGUGGACAAGACUGUCCGCAAUGAGCUGGAGUGUGUCACCAACAACACCCUUGCCAACAUUAUACGUGAACUCAGCAGCCUCAGCAGGCAUGCAGAAGACAUGUUCACUGAGCUUUCCCACGAAGCAACAGUUGUGUUUGGGCGCUCUGUUCAGCUGCAGAAACGCAUCGAUCACCUGAGGGACAAAGUCACACAGCUCAAUGCAACCGUGGAGGAAGUGUCCCUGACUGACAUCCACACCCGCAAGCCAUUCAAGAGUACAAUAGUGAAGGAGCAGCAAGUGAUAUCACGGCUCACCAUCCCCAUGGCCCUGAUGGACAACUACAACCAAUGUGAAUCUCCACCAGCACUCGAUAAGCUCAAUGAGUUCAGGGAGGAUGGUAAGGACUGCAUGAAGUUCUACACAGACUCAACCUACUUUGUGGAGCUGUGGGUGCGGGAGAUGGAGAAAGAGAUGGAGGAGAAGAAAUCUGAACUGAACAAGAAGAGGGACAAAAAGAAGAGACCCAAACAGGCUGAUAAGAGGAAGCCUCGACCGAUUGCUGAUCAAAAGGCAAAAUGGAAUACCAUGAAGUAUGGUGAAGAGUUUAAGGAGGAACAUGUACCAGACACUAUCAAACGGGUAUCAGAGCACCCCGAGGGACGCCGAUUGGUGCACCAGAACAGCACCGGCUCCAGCCACUCACCGCACAGCCGCCCUGGCACACUGCCUGUGGACCAUGCCAGCCCUGGACACCAUGGUCACCCACAUCAUGGACAUCCUCCGAACCAAGACCCCAGGAUACACAAUCAUGCUUCCAAUGUUGCUAAUGGACCAUACCAGGCUGAUCAGCAGCGAAAUGAAGAUCAGGCACAAACCUAUGUUCGUGGCUCUGGUAUGCCUCAAAACCAACAGUUCCAGUACAAGCAGUAUGAGAUGUCACCUGGUCGGUCUUCCACAGCUAUGCUUGGAAGUCCACACUCUCGCCCAUCUCAGCCUCCCCCAGCCCCACCCCCACCAAUGGACCAGCAAAGCCCAUCGGACAGAAACAGUUUGCCUCCUCCUCCCCCACCACCUCCCCUUGAUCCAGCAGCAAGCCAAACUGCAACACCGCCAAUGCAGCGUCAGCCAAUUAUGUACAAUCACCUGGAUGGCUCUCCAGGGAGAGGCCGUGGCUCACAGCGCAACUCACCAGCAAGGCAACCUUCACUGUCAUCUGCCACAUCGAGUCCACACAGAGCAACACCGGAAGGGGUAGAACCACCACCUCCACCUCUCUCCCCACCCAUUAGUCAAACACCGGAUACCCCCCCUAGCCACGAUUCAAUGCCACCUCCACCCUCUCCCCGCCCCACUUAAUACUCUCAAACCCCAUCCCCACCUCCCCUCCACCCCCACCCCAUUGAUGACCACUUCUCAGGGCCCGCCCCUCCCCUCCCCCCCCCAGCAGUGAUGAAUGGGUCACUACGGAGAGAUCAGCUUGAUGUGGCUUCUGUAUCCUCUACUGGAAGCACAGUGACCAAUGUAUCCAACUCAGAGCCGCAGAAGCCCACUGUGGGUCAAGAACGCAGUGAUUUGCUUGCAGAAAUUAGACUAGGAGAUUGGUACAAGAAGUUGCGGCGUGUCGAGAAGCGCAGGGAGAAGCAAAAGAAGGUGGUACCAGCCGGCAGAUUCGAUGUUCAAGCUCUCAUGGACAGGGCUGUGGAAAUGCGGCGCAAAGUGAUAGAAGACAGUGAUAGCAGUGAUGGUGAUAGCGGCUCCGAUGAUGAUGACUGGGACACAGAUUGAGGACAAACAUAGUCCUAGACAACAUGAACUUGGCUGGCUAUUGUAAGCUUGUUCUUAUAUAGCCUUCGUCUACACGGAAACAUGUGUCCAGAUUUGAAGGCUAAUAUGCAGAUAUGUUCAUGUGGAAAACAUGUAAAGCGUGAUGUAUUAAUUUACCCAGGAUUGCAUGCUGAUAGUGUAUUCACAAUUUAGUUGCUAGCAGACAAAAGAAAGUAGGAAAUGGGUUUUAAGAUAAUAACUAGAGAUUUAUGUUUCAAAUGAAUUUGAUUAAUGUAAUGUGUUUAAUAUUAUUAGCCUGAUGGUAUGUUGCAAUGAAUGACAGGGUGACCAUGAUAACAUGGAGCUCUACUCCUCUACUUGAGGGAAUGACAGUGGUCAGCAACACCCAUGUAAUACUGUUGGCAUGCCAGUUCAGUUGCAACGAGAAUCAAGAAAUCUUCAGAAUCUUCCAUUUUUUAGCUGUCAGGGAAUGAAAGUCAUCACUGCAAGUUACCCUGAAUAAUCAUGACACAUGCCGAAUGUAUGAUCAGACGCUUACUUGAUGCAAGGGAAAGAACUGCUUCAAUGUAGAUAUUACAUUUCCUGCUAGUACGCAGCUACUUUUCUAAUGUAUCUAAACAACAGCUGUAAGUCUAUAGCGCGGACUCUAUACACUGUGUAAACAGGCUUGUCAGCCCCGUGCAGGAGUGUAGAGUGCACUCAAUUGUACAGUGUAUUGUUGAUGUAUCAUAUGUUCCAUGUCUACAGGUGUGGCGUACUUAGUGUUGCGUGUAUCAUAGUGCUCACAGCCAAGGGAGGCUGACCCCUGGGUGGGAUGACCUGUACAUACAUCAGUAGUGACAGCAUAGUCCACACACAGUGUCCUUCCUCUACCACUGGAGGACAACAACAGCACUCAUCAUAAUAUUCUGUACAAACCAGUGUGUAAGAUAACAGUGUUAAUAUUACCGGUCUGUCAUCGUUGUGUCACAAUGUCUUUCUGCUCUGUUUUGUGUUAUAUUUAUGAGCUCUGUAAGUGCUAUGACUUAUCAUCAGACAGACUCUAAUCUGUGUUCAACAGGUCAGGUUUCCAGCUGUUUUUCUUUGGAAAAUUAUUCUACUGAUAAAACAAAAACUUGUGCUCUUCCAGGUAAUUAUGGUGAAAAUUUAGGUAUUGAAUUUCUUUUUUUGACACUGAAAUAUUUGUUGACAGAGGUAUUUGAAUUUGGUCAUUUAUAAAGAAUGUUGUGAAGGUGACAGUGUUGACAGAAUAGGUUCAUAUGAGCCUUUAUGUCUGUGCUAACAUUUGUCUUUCUCAAUGUUCAAGUGGUACUUGAUAAUUCACAGUAUGAUCUGAUAAUAUGUGAAAACUGACCUUGUUGAUGUUUCUUGUGAUACUUUCUUUAUUCACUUUCUUGCUGUACAUUUGUCAUGGUAGUAGUCAAGAUGAUAUUUUAGUGAGAUUGCUGGGGACAGCUGCUUGUUGGGAGAGUUGUGUGUGAAUUUUCUGUUGUCAACUUACUAAAAGUCUUUAUCAGUAUUGAUAACCUGCUGUUUACAUCAAUGCUGGAACUUGAAAACUUUGAUUUAGUGAAAGGAAAUGUGUGCUGCAAAUAGCAGUCAACAAAGCCAGCAGGAAACAACCACCUCCUCCAUUACUGAAUCAAAAUGCAUUGACUGGAGCAGGUGUUAAUGUGAUGUUUGUGAUUGAUGGAAGAGUCUCUCUCUCUCUCUCUCUCUCCUCUUUCCCCCCCCCCGAAUCAAACCUACCGGUAAAUGUGUACUAUUUUUUAAAGGACGUUUGAAAGACAGUUGAAUGGUAUAUUGGACUGAUAUACUAAUUGUUAACUAUUUGUGCAUUCGAUUCAUACAGGGGUAGCUGAUGUAUUAGGCUCUUUAAUAGUAAUGUUUUUUUGUUUUGUUUUGUUUUUUUAAAAUUCAAAACCAUCCUGUAGAGGAUAAGUGUAACCAUUUCUAGGACAGCAGUUUAUCAAUCUGUCUUGGCAUUAUGUAAAUUAGAAUCGUUUCCCCCCACUGUUAACGGUGUGCAAUAAUCAAUGAAUUCUUUCCCUGUAUCAUAAAUCAUUGACCAUUCACAGAUUUCACAUAGAUUAGAUUUUAUUUUGUUCCUUUUGUGAAACUGUGAAAUUGUAGCAUAUAUAAAUUUUCUAUGUACAUUGUAUAGCUGUACUAAGGUUAUUGGUAAGUGCUAGUCAUAUUAUGGAAGAUAAGCCUACAGAUGCGUAUUAUGCCAAGAGAUGCUCCACAAUAUAUACUCUACAAUAUAUACUCAUAUUAACUAGAGUCCUGUUUUGCCAGCAGAUAGUUGGGACCAUGUACUGAUUCUGCUCCGUAAGGCACAAUGUAGUCUAUUGCUGCGGUAGGAUAUCAGAUUGGAGACCAGCAUUUCUUCAUCUUCAUUCAGUGUUUCAUAUGUAAAGGGAACAACAGUAGAAGUCAGCAUUUGAACUACAGAGCCAGCUGCAGGCGUCAGAUAGGGGAAUCAUCAAGAACUACUCAACGUUUUUUCUUAAGGUAUUGAUCGCUCUCCAGUACUGUCAGGUUAGCACACAUUGAAAUACAUACUUGCAUUUUCUUUUUUGCAGAGAAUAGAGAUGAUGAGAUGGGAUAAAUGUUUACCUUUGUUCAGUUCAAGUACAGGAUAUGCCCUUUUGAAACCAGUGUCAGGACAGAAAACACCUUCAUGAUAAUUAGUCUGGAAAUAUGCAUAAAAAUGCACGUUUUGCCAUGUUUACUGAUACUGAAAAAGCUGCUGUUGAUAUUAACCUAGAACAUGUGAUGGAAAUAAUGCAUCGUGAGCUCACUAACACCUGUAGUCUUCCAAGCACCAAGUGGUGGUGCUGUAGUUCAAGCGUUAUAUGCCGUGGGGGACAUAUAAGGGCAGUCACUUUUGUCAUCCAUCUUCCUAGUGUCCUGGCGGUAGGUUGCCUUUGCUUUCUUGGGUGAAUUUUCCAUUAGUGAUUUAUUUCAGCAACAGUUUUCGCAAGUCCAAACCGGUUAAAGUUGUAUUACAGUUUGGUAGCUGGUCAGAUCUGUUCCAUCAGCAAACUUGCCUUUUAGCAUGUUUUACCGGUAUGUGAAUACUGUAUACUUUGCUAAUACUAUUGCCAAUAGGGUCAUUUUAUGUUAUGCUGACAACAAUUAUUAUUUUUCCAUGCAUGUUUUUAUAGCAGUUUUAAACAAUCCUAUAAUAUAAAUGAAGUAAUAGUGUGACACAGAAUUCAGGAGAUCAUUAUUAAAGUUAUGAUCCAUCAAGUCCUGAUAUAUACCAAACAUCUUCGCACCAACCAACACUGAUUUUCUCUCCCAUGUCUGAACAUGACAACCAGAAUGUGUUGAUCGAAAUCUUUUACUUUUGCUGCAUUAUUGGGGAAAAAACUUGUUAUGAUAUGAAUCAUAUAAUUAAACUUUACACCUAUUUGUUUUUCUGUUAUUUUAUCCUUGAGUUUUGUUCUCUUGCACAUUGUUUGUCUUCUACUGAAUAAUGACAGCGUAUUUGCCCAGUGUAUGCUAUAGUUUCUGUGCCAACCUAGUUUCAAAAGGACAGUGCAUGGAGCACACAUAUAUAUCAGGGAUGUUAUUGGUAACAGAAUAAAUCUCUUGAUGGCUUUCAUAAGGACUGUUUUAAAGAAGUCCUCACAGGAUUUACAGCCUGUGGAUCUAUUUUUCGGGCUACCUGUUCAUAAGAUGAAGCCAGCUAAACCAACUAAUGUAUAAACCAGGGAUAUUUUUCUGAUUGCAUGCGACGACACUUACCUUCAUUGUUGUCAGAGGUGAGUCUUUGUAAUGGGCACUUACGGUGUUUUCUGUGUCCAAAUUGAAGGACGCUUACUUCUGAAUCUAUGCAUUGAGGACAAUGAAGUUGGUGUGAUUGACAUGGGCAAGUUGGUAGGCCAGAGGUGGCAAAACAAUUGAGCUAUUCCAAGGAGAGCUGAUACAUCUAUUCCAGCAGUGUUGAUGUUGAAUGUUUUACAUGGGUUGUACAACUAUAUUUGAUAUUGUGUGUGGCAAGUAGGUAAUGUGCUUCUGUUGAUUUGUUAUGUUUUCAGUAGGAAUAGUCCAACUUUAUACAUACCCACAGCCUGGACUUGCGAGGUUUCCUGAACAUGUCCAAACCUUAUUUCCAUAAUUAGUACAAAAUAGCAUCUGCCUAGCCCAAGGUAAUUUGCUCAACGUUAAGAAACACGCUUAGGGCUAGCAGAUAAGAGAAUGUUGGAUAAGGGUCCCUUUUACACGAAAGCAAUGUCACAUAUUUGAAGAACAUAAAUUGAAAUGCUAGUAUGGAAAUUAUUACACAUGUUCAAAUGGCCGGCAUCUGGCAUCUUUUUCUUUUUUACACUUGCAUGUUUUGGACUUUCAGCAUCAUCAAAGACACAAGUGUGGCUAUAAGGAGUGAAAAGGAUUCUUUUUGUUAAAAAUUGGGAAAAAAUGCUUUGGUCAAAGACUUGUGCUUGUUAAUAAAUCAUCUUUUUGAGACACAUA